GGGACAAAAAAGAAUCAUCUCGAUCGUCAAUGCUAAAACGCCAUAUUCAUAUUACUUUUCUUUUAUUUUUUAUUGACCAAAAAAAUAAAAAAAUUAUUAGUUUUCCUUAAAUUUUUGACCUGCAUGAUAAUUAAGAGAUUAAACAAAACCUUGUGUAUACAUAAAAUGCGCUGCGGGUAUCUUAAAUUUGGUUUUCUGCCACUCGAAUGCUCCUUGUUCCUUUCUCUCUGUCUCUGCUCCGCCCUGUAAACUCAAAACCUUCUAAACUAGCAGUCAAUUGAGUGAUUAUGGGUAGCAUCACAGUAGCUGCAGAUCCGGAGAACCUGACAGACAAAACAGAUGGUCCAGUUAAAACGCGGAUGUAUGCCAUAAUGAAGAAAAUAUGUCAUCCAGAGGGGCAAUACCGUCAUAUAUGGACUAAGAUAUUUGUAACAUCAUGUGUGUUUGGUGUCUCACUGGACCCUUUGUUCUUUUAUAUUCUAAUCAUCGAUCAACAAAACAAGUGCCUUCAAAUGGACACAAUGUUGCAGACUGUUGCUCUUCUUUUACGAUCAUUCACAGAUAUCAUUUUCUUGGUGCAUUUCAUAUAUGAAAUCUGUGACGGUGUCAAAACUCAAAGGGCGAAAAAGUCAUAUGGUGCUAAUUUGGCCUCAAAUGCCCUUAAAAAUAUGGCCCCAACCCCAAAUACCCAGAAAAAUGGACCUUCCACCAAUUCCAAAGUCAUUCGAGUUGCCAAGAAAAUAGCUCACAAGAUGUCGUGGUUAUCUGCCUCCAUCGUAGUUGAAUUUUUCGCUCUUCUUCCCAUCCCUCAGCUGCUAAUAGUAGUCACUUUUUACAAUAUGAGAGGCUCCCCGUAUUUUGAACAUGAAAAGGUUUUGAAUUUCUUUCUCCUUGGUCAAUAUAUACCAAGAAUAUUGCGAAUUCACAUGUCGUCCAAACAACUUCGAAGGACUAAUGAAAUGUGGAUUAAAGGUCUAUUCUAUUUUUAUCUCUACAUUCUUACCAGUCACAUACUCGGAGCGUUGUGGUACUUUUUUUCAAUUCAACGAGAAAUGUCAUGUUGGCAUUGGGCUUGUGUAAAUUAUAGUACAGAUCCCUCAGGAUGUAUGGAUACUUUCUACUGCAACAGUCGGAUUGUGUCAAGAAAUGUCACAUUUCUAAAUGAGCAUUGCCCGACAGAUACUCCAGAUAGUGCUUCAGCGCCUUUCAAUUUUGGGAUAUUUCUUGAUGCCCUUAAGAACAACAACACAGCGCAUGUAGAAUUCUCAACGAAGGCUCUUUACUGUUUUUGGUGGGGCCUUCGGAAUAUAAGUAAUUUUGGCACCAAUCUCACAACAAGCACUUAUAUGUGGGAAAACGUUUUUGCAAUCCUUAUUUCUAUCAGUAGCUUCCUACUGAUUUUAUAUGUGAUGGGAACUGCGCAGAAUAAUAUGGCAAUGCAAGAUUCAAUGAGAAUUGCAAAGUCAGAGAAGAUUAUGACGAAGAAGCUAGAUAUACUAAGCUGGUUAUCCACAAAGGACCUCCCUCGAGAUCUAAAGAAAGAAAUAAAGCAUAACAUAAAGCAAAAAUUGGAAGAGCACGAUAAAACUUUUCCCCAGAAUGAUCUAUUCUCUAUUCUUCCCGUGGAAACUAGAAAAUCUCUAAGGCGUUGUCUUUGCAUGGAACCACUGAGGACGGUCAAAAUGCUUAAAGAUAUGGAUGAAAGGGUGUUGCAUUUGAUGUGCGACCAUCUGAAGCAUGUGACGUAUAACGAAAAUAGCUUCGUUUUUCGGAAGGGAGAUCCACUGGAUUGCAUGUUCUUCAUUGUCGAAGGGAAUGUGUGGACCUACUCGACUGCUGGUGAGAAUGAAGCUGGAAAAGCAACCCCAUCAUCAAUGACAAUGGCCACCAAGACGCUUGAGAAAGGUCACAUUUAUGGGGAAGAGCUUCUCAAUUGGGCAUCAGACAACUUCACGGAACUUCCACUCUGCCGUCAACAUGUCAAAAGUCAGACAAAAGUGGAUGCCUUUGUUCUUAUGGCCAGGGACUUGGCAACUGUAGUCUCCAGAUACCAACUACUGUGGAACUUCAACAAAUGUAACAUUCCUCAAGAGGUGAAGGAGGUGGCUGCUUCUACCAUAUUGCGCCGUUUCCGCCAUAACCAAAGAUUGAUGAUGUCGCGUCGUCUAGCCGUAAAUUAUUAUUUGAAGAAACGUUAAAUAUAGAGUCGAUUUAAGCUAGGAUUUCAUCCAUUUCCGCCGA